GCCAAAUUAGAAAAAAUGUUGAAGAACCGUUUUUUAAUAAUGUCCUAUACUGAAGCCAUUGAAAUUUUGGAGAGGUCUCAACAAGAAUUCACUUACAAACCAGCCUGGGGGCAGGAUCUCCAGAGUGAACACGAGAAGUACCUGGUGCGACACUGUGGCGACAUUCCCGUUUUUGUGUACAACUAUCCCUAUGAUCUGAAGCCGUUCUACAUGCGAGACAACGAAGAUGGACCUUGUAGGACUGUAGCAGCGGUUGAUCUACUGGUCCCAGAAGGUGGAGAACUUUUCGGUGGGAGUUUGAGAGAAGAUCGCGUGGAUUUUCUGCAAUCUCGCUUACAAAGGUUGAAGCUUGAAGACACCUAUCAAUGGUACGUAGAGCUGCGCCAAUUUGGAUCGACCCCCCAUGGGGGAUUCGGAAUGGGGUUCGAGCGGUACCUGCAAUGUAUCCUGGGAGUACAGAAUAUUAAGGAUGUCAUUCCGUUCCCGCGAUUUCCUCACUCGUGCGUUUUAUAACUCUUGGUCCCAGCUUCUGUUUUCCUUCUGUUGUAAAUUUAGGGCCUGCAUAAAUGACUCUGUGCAACAUUUAAAGGGAA